AGCGCGUCAGCAGCCUCUGACCUUUGGACUGUGCAACGACCACAUCACUUCUAUCGCUCAUCGUAAUACCUCGCGUAUUCUUUUCAAAAAAAGAAGGCGACAUGGAAGCUCAACUGAAAUCAAUGCGUGUCCCAGAGCUCAAGGAGCUGGCCACCAAAGCGGGCAUUAAUGUCGGUGCAAAAUUAACGAAGGAUAAGAUUAUUUCUCUUCUCCUGGAAAGUCCAAAUGUCGCGCCUCUCCUCGGUAUCACAUCUGCUGGCACCGCUCUCCCUGCAGCACCUGAGCCUAAGAGGCCGACUACAACGACUGCCCCUGUAGCCGCCCGGAAAUCUGCACCAGCAAAGGGCAGCUUGCAGGACUUGCUUGCGCCUUCAACGGAGUUUGACUGGCCCGAAACUGCUCCAGCACCUGCCGUUGGCAUCACCACGCCCAGCGCUGCCCCUGAACCUGUGUAUGCUGCAAACCCUGUUAAAGCCAAUAUUCCUACACCAGCUACAACAAAUGAUGUAAGCUCCGAUGUGCCCAACCCCACGCCUGUUGUCCCGGCUCCAUUGCCCCCGUCAGAUGUUCCGGUGAAUCCAUUAGAGGGGACGUCAAAGCCUGUCGCUGGGACAACGAAGUUGACUGAGGAAGAAAAGCGCGCCGCACGCAAGGCGCGAUUUGAAAGAGAAUGGCAACACGACCAGGCUCGUAAAGAUGCCGAGACGGCAGCGAAAGCUGCUCGGGCUGCUGGUCGGGCGAAAGAGGUAACUGGGCAGAACGGGUCCGAGACGGCGAAGCAGGCAGCCGCUGCCCCUACGUCAGCGAACGCGGACAAGGCGACUAAAAGCAACGGGACGAAAGGCAAUGGAAUUUCAGCCGACGUCAUUGAGAAGCGCAAAGCGAGAUUUGCGCAGGGUGGUGAUCAAGCCAAAACUUCUCCCCCUGUCGCACCGGCUCCUCAGCCAGCAGCAGCACCCCUGUUAAGCGGGAUUGACGCAGAAAAAGCAGCUGCGCGCAGAAAUAAGUUCAAUUCUUUGGUCCCCGGACAGCCGGGGUAUGAGGAGGCUACGUCUCCCAAGCGCAAGUGGGAGGAGGAUUCCAACGUGCUCCCAUCGAAGCGGGUCAAGAGCGACCCUUGAAUACGGCCAUCUACAGCAUUUGCGGCGACUCUUAUUUGUAAUUUGCGAACAGUCUUAGUCUUAAACACGACCUGUCGAUGAUGUAUCCUAACUCUGUCUCGCAAUAAUGUCUCAUUAAUCCCGAGCUCACUUGGGAAAGUAGCUUCGUUCUCUGAGAAAUAUGAC